GCUUUCAGUCAAUUGGCGCGCUUCGUACCGUGCGGUUGUCGUGUCUGUGCUUCGCGUGUCGCUUCGUUCUUUUAUAUUUGAAAGCUGCGGCGGUUGCUUUGCGCUGAGUUGUGUGUGCGUUUGUUUUGUGUGUGAUAUGCAAAUGGAAAUUGAAAAAGCCGCAACGAACGCAAAUAAAUUGGCAACAACAGCGCGGUGCAUCUACUUAACGUGAACUCCACUCACCGUGACCAAAAAAAGAGUCCUCCAUCCAACCCCGGCGAUCGCGCAAUCCUUUUCACGUUGGCGGCGCAGGCGUUGCCUCCGUCUCCGCCUCCAUAUCUGCCCCCGACACCAACACAACAGUUCCUUGGCUCGAGCUCAGCACAGCAGUAAAGUUAAAAAUCUAAUCGAUGAGCAGCAAUCUGGAGAGCCGCAGCAGCGACGAGCAGCUAAGCAGUUUGCCCAGAAGUGUCAAACCCACGGCCACGCCCACCUAUAAACACAUAUCCGGCGGCAUGGCGACACUGCCACGCCCCGAUACCUCCGAUACAGGGAACGCACGAACUUGCGUCUACAUUGGAGGCCCCACCGGAGUGACCAAUGCGGCCACCUUGGAUAGAAGGCAACCACAGCGGAUGUCCUGGCUGAAUAUGCGACGGGCCAAGGCCGAUGCUGAGAUGCCAGCGGUGACGCCAUCGCCACAGACAACGCGCAGCUGCAUCUCGACGGUGUCGAGUGUGGUGGAGAGCGGCGGCGGACGGACGACGGCCACCUCGGGACGCAUUAGCUCCAGUGGCAUCGUGACGCUGAGUGGCAGCAACAACACGCUGACGGACAUACAGGGCGACUAUCAUGAGCAUCAUCCCCAUCAUCAUCAUCAUCAUGACAUGCACGAUGGCGUCUCGAAGAACUAUUCCUCCGUCUCUGUCUCUGCGUCAGCUUCGGCGUCCGCACAUUCUGCACACAAUAUCACAACGGCCAGCAAUGCGAAGUUGCUGCCCGCUGCGGAGGAUGAGUCAAAUCAACAGACAAAAUGCUCGGUGUUUCGCGGCCUUGUGCUCUGCAUUUGCCUGAACGUCAGCUAUGCCAAUGUGGUGCGAUUCCCACGUGAACUGGACAGGUAUGGAUCGGCUUACCUGCUGCCGUAUAUGGUUCUGCUGUUUCUAGUCGGUCUGCCCAUGCUGCUGCUCGAGAUAUCUGUCGGCCAGUUUCUGGGCCAAGGGGCGGCGCACACCUGGCGCGCCUCGCCCAUAUUCAAAGGCGCCUGCAUAAUCAGCCGCUUUGCAUCGUGGGUGUCGGCCAUCUGGGUGUCGCUGCAGGCAGUGUUGGCCCUGGCCUAUAUUGGGAUGUUUGCCUCGAACACAAUUCCGUUUCGCGAGUGUGUGGGCAAUCUGAAACUGCAAAUGACGGGCUACUCGUUGACCAACAACAGUGGACAGGAGUGCUUGGAGCAGACGUUUCUGACUCCCUUUUGGCGUAAUCCGCUCUACUUUGGCCUGCUGGCAGCUGGUCUCAUUGGCCUCUGGAUAAUCGUCAUGUUGUGCACACACAAUGGCAAGAUUCUGCGGCGCAGUCUCUUUGUCUAUGGCUUGGCUGGCUUGGCGUUGCUCUGCAUCCUCACCGGCUGGGAGGUGCGCAACUCAUUCUCUCGCCACUACUUUCCACAGCUGUGGAAAUACGAUAGCAGCCUGCUCGCCGAAAGCAACAUCUGGUUCAAUGCCCUGACCCAGGUGCUGUACUCGGUGAACUGCGGCUUUGGCGCCAUGCCAAUGCUGACGGGCAAGUUCCUCUACAAGGGCGACGCAGCACGCACCUCAGUGGUGUAUCUGUGCUUCAAUCUGCUGAUCAAUGCUAUUGCCGUCACACUGUUCAUGGUGCAGUUUGAUUUCUCCGCCAAUGGCUAUACGAUUAUGGAUGAACUGAAGCCCUUAACUGCCAUCUACGAUCGUGUUUUGUACGGUUCGCAGACGGAGGGAGAACUCUUGCGUCAUUUGGUACCUUCGCUCAUCUAUGCAUUGAUCAUACUCUCUGCGCUCGUCUCCAUCACCGUGGCUGUCUACACCUCCACACGCCUUGUGCCUCGUCGGCCCAACUAUGUCAUCUGCCUGAUAGCUUUGGUUGUGGCUGUCAUGUCCUUUGCAGCGCCAAAGUUCCUCAUUGCGCGUGUGCUCGACUCGCGAAUGGUGGGCACCUUGGCCAUCACGGCUCUUGUGUUUGAGCUGAUUGCCAUCACUUGGAUCUACGGCGCCAAGAACAUCUACACGGAUCUGGAGUUUUCCAUUGGAAGGCCCAUUUUCCGUGGCUGGAUGUGGAUGUGGUGCAGCUGUCCCGCCAUCCUCACGGGGAUACUUGUCUGGUGGUGUGCGGAUGACGAUACGGAUGAUCUGCUGGCUGGCUACUUGCCACGCUGGGCACCAAUACUCUUUGCAUUGGCUGUGAUACUCAUCAUCGCUUGUGUGCAGAUCUUCCGGCAGGUGGAGUACAAUUUCUUUGGCAUGAUCUGCGAGGCCUCGAAGCCGGCCAAGGAAUGGGGACCAGCUGAUCCGUUGGCACGUCACUCCUGGAAGCAAUGGCGUUCAGUUUGUCAGGAUACAGGACGACGUGACUUUACGCUGCGUCGUCGUGGAACACGUGACUACACGCACUCCAUCAAGAAGGGACAGUAUUCGAGUGCACAGAAGUUUGGCGCCAAUGGACAGGUGGCGCAUCCGCAUCAGACACAUUGGAAAUCGUCUACGCCGGGCAACAGUUCACCCAACUACAGCGGGUCGAUGUUUGGCGACUCGGCUAUUGAGGAGGACAUCAGCGUGGACAAGUUUCCGGGCAUCACGCAGCAGCAGUAUGUGCCAUUCCAGGCCAGCGAUGGCAAGCCGCUUCGGUACUCGCAGCGUGCCCGCCAGACGGCCCAACCGCAAACGCUGACCCGCCUGCCGCCGGGGCCAACGACUGUGGAGAAGCAUCGCGAGGUGGUGUACAUCAGACGCCUCUCGGAUGGCGGCAGUGGCACACAUGCCACACGUAUCGAGAUUUCGCCUUCCAAUGAGUCCAUUACCUACGGUAAUGGCAAGGCGAAUGGCAAUGCGGCCAUGUCACGCAAUCCCUUGGGUCGCUCUACGGGCUGCUUGGCUCCAGCGCCAGCGUUGCAUGCGGCUGGCAAUCACAUUAAACGUUCGGCCAGCUCGGUGGUCAAUGUGAACACGCAUAAGCUACCUCCGCCCACGUCUGCGGCUGCGGGCGAUCACAUCUGCUGGCGCAAGUUCAACGUCAAUCCGGAGGAGUAUUCGACGGAGUUGUAAACAAACCAACAACUGUGUGGCCAGGCCUCAAUCGCAAAACGCAAACGAAGCAUUCACAUUCAAUAAGACUUGUUGCAUCCAAAAUAAAUAAAUAUGUAUCUGAAUCUGCAUUGAACUGCAAGCAGAUUUAUCUUUAAGUUACGAAUUACGUUACGAACUAUGCCCAUAUGCAAAGUGUAUCUUCUAGUUUUGAUCUGUACAUAUGAAUAUAUAGAGAGAAAGAGCAUUACUUUAAAUAGUUACUUAGUCCUCCUAGUAAACUAAGCAAAUUUUUGAUAAACUUAUACUAUGUAAAAUUCUGUUGUCAUUCAUUGUCUUGUAAUCUUCUCCCCUUUUUGGGUAGCCACAACUACAAUACGAAUAAGAAGUGUGAUCCUCAGAGUAUCGCAAAUAGUUAAGUCCUAUGUUUAAUGUGUGUGCCUGUCAUUGUCUGUAUGUAACUGUGUCUGUAUGUUGACUAUGUAUCCGGAGUGCCUGUGAAACCAUAAUCGUAAAUUAACCAUUUAAAUAUGUGUAUGAAGUAUGUUUUAGUUUGACUUUGUCCUAAUAUAUAUUCUGUGUCGACGACGCUACGGCGCGUCUAAAUUGUUAAGCAAACUGCACACAACGAUUACGAAAACGAUCUUAUGUAAUAAAACAUACAAUUAAUAAAUUAUAAACAUUA